AUGUCACACAACAUUGAAGAUGAAGUUUUAGAUAUUAAGGUACCACCAAUUUUUGAAGAUUUAAACGAUCGUGUAAAGGAAUACCUACUAAGACCCGAGCGUCUUUCCAUACAUAAAUGGGAAAGAUCACAGACUCAUUGGCAUAGGCAAACCGAUGUAGAUUCUCUUGUUAAAUUUGAAGAUGAUGACUUUGGUAUUGACACCACACUUGAAGUAGUAAGGGACCCCAUCACUGGUGAAAUCACAGGAGUUGAAGAAGUGAGUAUACCAGUUGAGGAUGAUGAAGACAGUUUAUCAAUGUCAAGAGCACCUUUACCACCUAGCCUUGCUACUCGGGGUACCACAACACAAAAUCCUUUUUUGCCAGCAGGGUUUGAGGAGGAAAUACAAAAAAUGCUAGAUGAAGCAGCACAAAGUGGUGAAAUUAACAUAAAUCUAGAAGAUGAUGAGCCUGGGAAAUUUUUGGGAGAAGACAUUUUAACAACUCCACCUGGAAGCAAAGAAAGUGUACUUUUUGCAAAUGAUGGUGUUACUCUUUUAAAAGAAAGCACUAUUGAAAGUGAACAAACUGUACUAGAUAGACAUAAUGAUGAUAAAUUUAUUAAAAUAAACCUUGAAGAAGUGGUAGAUAGUAAUGUGCAUUUAGUAGAUCUCUGGAAAGACGAAGAAUCUGAGUCAAAAUCUGCUAAAUUGAUACAGAAGCCAAAGAAUGUACAGCUAGACAAUGAUACUGCCGAAAGUGAUAAUUUCCUGGAGAAUACUGUAAUUCAGCCCCCCAUAGAACUCCCAGAAAUACCAGUUUUAAACAUCAGCAGUUCCAAAGGGAGGAUGGCUGUCACAUCCACAGAAUGGGCUGAGAUGAUUGAUGUCACACUCCCUGUACCCGAUUUUAGAGAAAAAAUUAAGGACAUGGCACAUUCAUAUCCAUUCGAAUUAGACAACUUCCAAAAGCAGGCUAUCAUAAAACUAGAAGAAGGCCACCAUGUGUUUGUCGCUGCUCAUACAUCGGCAGGAAAGACAGUAGUAGCAGAGUAUGCUAUAGCAAUGUCGAGGCGAAAUUGCACCAGAGCGAUAUACACCUCUCCAAUCAAGGCCCUGUCGAACCAAAAGUACAACGACUUCAACAAGAUGUUCGGCGAGGUCGGUCUGCUAACUGGUGACUUGCAGAUCAACGCGACCGCCUCCUGUCUCGUCAUGACCACGGAGAUAUUGCGAUCGAUGCUCUACUGCGGCUCCGACGUCACCCGGGACCUCGAGUUUGUUAUAUUCGACGAAGUGCAUUACAUCAAUAACGCUGAGCGUGGCUACGUAUGGGAAGAGGUGCUGAUACUGCUACCGGCUCAUGUUAGCAUCGUGAUGCUGAGCGCGACAGUACCCAACACGCUGCAGUUCGCGGACUGGGUGGGCAGGACUAAGAAGCGCAAGGUCUUCGUGGUCUCCACUCCGAAGCGGCCGGUUCCGCUCUGCCAUUACCUAUACACGGGGACGGGUGGCAAAUCUAAGAACGAGAGGUUCAUGAUUGUGGACCAAGAAAGUAACUUCCUACUUAGGGGCUACAACGACGCUGUGGCUGCAAAGAAAUCACGCGAGAACGAUUACAAGAAAAGUUUCGGCCCAAAAGGUGGGAAACAGUUUAUGAACCCGAAAGCGGAGCAGACUAUGUGGGUUGCGUUUAUAGAUCACUUGAGACACUGCGAUAAACUGCCCGUCGUUGCCUUCACGCUGUCCCGGAACAGGUGCGACAUGAACGCCGAAAAUUUAAUGUCCGUCGACCUCACGACGGCCAAAGAAAAGGGUCACAUUCGCAACUUCUUCCAGAAAUGUCUACAGCGUCUGAAAAAGCCCGACAGGUUAUUGCCACAGGUAAUAAGGAUGCAAAGGGUACUAGAGAACGGCAUCGGAGUACAUCACAGCGGCAUUCUGCCAUUGCUCAAGGAAAUCGUUGAGAUGCUUUUCCAGUCGGGCUUCGUGAAAAUAUUGUUCGCGACUGAGACUUUCGCGAUGGGCGUGAACAUGCCGGCCCGUACGGUCGUGUUCGACGAUAUAACAAAGUUCGACGGCGUUCAAAGCCGCCAUCUUAUGCCCGCCGAGUACAUUCAGAUGGCUGGACGCGCGGGAAGGAGAGGCCUGGAUGAUACGGGAACGGUAAUAAUUCUGUGCAAGGAAGAAGUACCGAACCAAAUUAAAUUGAAGGAAAUGAUGCUCGGCACACCAGAGAAACUCUCAUCGCAAUUCCGACUCACUUACGCGAUGAUACUAAGUCUAUUGAGGGCGGCGACGGUGUCCGUUGAGGGCAUGAUGCAGCGCUCCUUCCGCGAGUUCCACCAGAUCUGCCAGGCGGACAACUUCAGGCGGCAGCUGCAGCUCGCCGAGAGGGAGUACGAGGAGAAGUGCAGCGCCCCCCUCGCCGCCCACCUGGCGCCGCUCGCCGCGUUCUACGACAGCGCCGCGGCGUACCUGGACGUGCUGAACGACAUAAUGCCCAUACUGCUCGGCCAGUCGAAGCUGCUCAAGGAGAUGGCGGCCGGCAGGGUGCUGGUGCUCUCCGCCGGGCCGCACAUCAACCAGCUCGGGAUCUACCUGAACGGGAACGGGCCGCGAACAACUCCAUACAAAGUCCUAGUUUUGAACACGGCUGAGCGAGACGACAACAAGUACAACUUCGAGUUGGAUGAAAACUGGAUGCUCAGUUUUUCGGCGAUGUACGACGCGAUAGGUACUGAAGAAGGCACGUUAGACCACACAAUACUCUGUAUCGCACCAAAGAACAUUAUUGCGGUCACUAAGAUGACCCUAAAAAUAGAACCAAGUCUCAUCAUUCAAGAUUGGGACAAGAGACAAAUGCCCAGAUUCAGGGACGCGCCGGUGGGGUCGAGUUGCGCGAGCGCCGUGCAGGAGCUCUCGCGGCUGUCGCACGCGGUGCGGACCGGCGCGACAACCCUGGAGCGGCUGAGCCUCACGCAGUCGCUGAACAUCACCACCGGCGAAGUGCUGCAGACGCUCGACAAGAUGAACAAGUACAAGGAGCUCCUAGAAUCCCAAAAGAAGUCGACGGACAUAGCGAACUUCAAGAGCGAGUUCGCGGCGGUUUACGAGCGCAAGCAGGCGGAGAGGAAGAGGGACAAGUACAAGCGGCUGCUCUCCUUCGAGAACCUCGCCCUGUACCCGGACUACCAGCGGCGGCUGCUGGUCCUGCGCGAGCUGAACUACAUAGACGAGCACGACAGCGUGAUACUGAAGGGCAGGGUCGCCUGCGGCAUGGGCACCAACGAGCUGAUCAUAUCCGAGCUCGUCUUCCGCAACGUGUUCACCGACAAGAACCCGGCGGAGAUAGCGGCGCUGCUGAGCUGCUUCGUGUUCCAAGCGAAGACCAACGUGGAUCCGACCCUCACGGAGAAGCUCAAAGAGGGCGUGGAAGCCAUCAAGCUCAUAGACCAGGACCUGACCGCGAUCGAGUCCAAGUACUUGGUAGGUCAGUUCGAAGGGCAAGCGGAAAGACUGAACUUCGGCCUUAUAAGAGUGGUGUACGAAUGGGCCCUUGAAAAGCCAUUUGCCGAGAUUAUGGACCUGACUGAUGUACAAGAGGGUAUUAUAGUCCGAUGCAUUCAACAGUUACACGAGCUCCUAAUCGAUGUGAAGGACGCGGCUGUCGCUAUUGGAGACCCCAAACUACAGGCAAAAAUGAUGGAAGCUUCAACUGCAAUCAAGAGGGACAUAGUCUUCGCUGCCAGUUUGUACACAACAGCAAGAGAGACUGUCGUAUCA